AUGGAUUGUUCGGGGAACAAAAUCGUCCACACCAUUGUAGUUGAUCAGCAAGGCAAAGGAGAUUUCACAACAGUUCAAGCUGCUAUUGAUUCCAUACAGGAAAACAACUACCAAUGGGUCAAAAUUCACGUAAAUCCUGGCAAAUACAUAGAGAAGGUUAUAAUAUCGGAAGAUAAAGCAUGCAUCUUUUUAGAAGGACAGGGAAGAGAGGUAACCACCGUAACAUCAAGUGGGCACCACCGCGUUGCUGCCACCCCCACCGUUGCAUCAAGUAAAUACAAAAUAAACGACCACUUGGGUGCUACAUUUGUUUGUGUUCCCUCCAAUGUAAUUGUUAUCGGCAUUACCUUUCAGAAUUCGUAUAAUCUUGUCGGGUCAGAAACCAUUGAACCUGCACCAGCAGCAGCCAUAUACGGUGACAAAUCUGUGUUCAUUAAGUGUGGUUUCCAAAGUUAUCAAGAUACUCUCUUUGAUGCACAGGGUCGUCAUUAUUUCAAGGAUUGUUACGUUGAAGGUGAAGUUGACUUCAUUUAUGGCAACGGUCAAUCUUACUAUGAGAAUUGUAUCAUUAAUGCGACGCUUGGAAAAUCUCCUCCAGGUUUUGUAACAGCACAAUCUCGAGGAUCAGGAAAAGAAGAAAGUGGUUUUGUUUUCAGAGGAGGUUGUGUGAUUGGAAAUGGUGAAGUGAAGCUUGGAAGAGCUUAUGGAGCUUAUUCAAGAGUUAUAUUUUAUGGAACAUAUUUAUCUUCAGUUGUCUCUCCUCAAGGCUGGGAUGCUUGGGGCUACACUGGCCAAGAGUCUAGGUUUACUUAUGGUGAGGUAGAGUGUAGUGGAGAAGGAGCAAACGCUAGCGGGCGCGUUAAGUGGGAGAAGAAGCUUACGAAUUCGCAGUUGGAAGAGUUUUCUUUGUCAUCGUUUAUCAAUCAAGAUGGAUGGCUUUCCUACUUACCAACUCUUCAAAAAGAGAGGAAAAAAAUAAGGAGAAGGAAGAAGACAUGUUACCUGAGUUACCUGAUGAAAUUAUUAGAUACUUCCACCAAUGUUUUCAAUGUUUAUUUAGAUUGUCACUAUGACGUUUAUAAUGAUCAUGUGGUAGAUUCCAUCAUUGAUCAUGUUAUUGAUACACCUUCCAUCACCACUACCAUUGAGGUACUUACAAUUCUUGCUCAGUAUGUUGUGAGCAACCUUCCUAAACUCUCUGAUCAAAAUGAACCAAUAUCGUUGAAGAUGUCUUUUUGCGGAGAAGUUAAACGGAAUUAG